AGUUUAUAGGGUUGGAGGGGAGCAAGGCGGCCAUAUUUUUGCAGUCCUAAUAUGGACCACUGUUUUGAGAGAAUUUGCUGUGCUUUCCAUCAGCAGCUGGUGGUAUGAGGAUGGAGAGAGUGUGUCCAGUGAGGAGGAGACAUGCUGAGAAGAAGUGGUAUGCUUUUAAAGGACACAAAGAUGUGUGAAAGGACAUCCUGAUGGAGAAGCGGCCGCCCCUCACAUCACCGGAUGGAUCCAGUGACAGAAAUCUCCCAGAGAGAUGUCCUCGUCCUCUGUAUUCCCAGGACUCCACACAGGAACAUCAGGAGAUCCUUCAGGAGGAUCAGGGUACAGAUAUUGUUACCAUUAAAGUGGAAGUAAAAGAGGAGGCAGAGGAUACCGAUGGGAGGGAUGAUGAGUCGUGUAAGGAGGAUGAAAUCCCUUCAGAGAUCAGCACCGACGCCAGAGAGACGCAGACAGAGGUCAAAGACGAGGAAGUGGAAAUAAGAUGUGUGAAGAUUAAAGAAGAGGACAUUCCAUUGGAGAUCAGUACAGAUGGACGAUACCGGAAAUAUGACUCAGAGGAGAGUUCCGCCUCCUCCCUAGAUAGUGAAGUUGAAGAUUAUGACAUCACAGCCGCUUCUCCCUCAGAAAACACAAUUUCCUCAAACCUCCUCAGUAGAAUUUCUUCCAAUCAACCAAAUCCUAUCACCCACCACAUACUUCAAAAAGAGGCUGACGUUUUUCCAUGCUCUGAAUGUGGGAAACAUUUUAAAAAUAGGGGCAAACUGAUUGUACACCAAAGGUCCCACACCGGUGUCAAGCCCUAUUCGUGUCCUGAAUGCAGAAAAUCCUUCACAGAAAAAAGAAACCUUGUAGCCCAUCAAGGGACCCACACGGGCGUGAAGCCGUAUUCAUGCCCUGAGUGUGGAAAAUGUUUUUCAGAGAAACGCCCCCUUAUUCGACACCAAAAAUGUCACACGCAAGAGAAGUCCUACUCCUGCUCGGAAUGUGGAAAGAGUUUUGCGGUGAAAUCAUGUCUGGUGAAACACCAGAGGACCCACACGGGCGAGAAGCCCUUUUCCUGUUCCGAGUGUGGGAAAUGCUUCGUUCAGCAACACCAGGUCAUCAGACAUGAAAGAAGCCACAGAGGGGAGAAGCCACACACCUGCCCCGAAUGUGGGAAAUGUUUUACUGAAAAAUCCUCUCUAGUUGCACAUCAGAUGCUCCAUACGGGCCAAAAACCAUUUUCAUGUACCGAGUGUGGGAAAUGCUUCGCUCUGAAAGCAGACCUUAACAAACAUGUCAGGACUCAUACAGGACUGAUGCCGCACUCGUGUCCUCACUGCGGCAAAGGUUUUCCCGAUAAAGCUAACCUGGACCGACAUGAAAGGAUACACACGGGCCAGAAGCCUUACCCGUGUUCAGUAUGCGGAAGAUGCUUUGCCCAAAAAGCCGACGUUAGUAAGCACGAGAGAACCCACAUACAUGAAAAGCCAUAUUCAUGUUCUCGGUGCGGGAAGAGUUUUCCCGACAUGACUCGCCUACAACGACAUGAGAUAAUCCACACGCGCCGCAAACCCUAUUCUUGCUCCCUCUGUGGAGAAAGCUUUUCAGAUAAAGCUCGCCUUGACCGCCAUGAAACGAUUCACACCGGUGAGAAGACUUGUUCCUGUUCUUACUGUGGGAAAUUUUUCGCCCAUAAGGCUUUUCUAGCCGCACACGAGAGGAUUCAUACAGGGGAGAAACCUUUCUCCUGUUCGGUCUGCGGGAAACACUUUGCACAGAAAUCCAACCUGGCCACGCAUGAACGAACUCACACGGGUGAAAAACCAUAUUCGUGUUCUGUGUGCGGGAAAUGCUUUGCGCAGAAAUCCAAUCUGACUACGCACGAGAGAGGACACACGGGGGAGAAGCCCUUUUCAUGUUCAGUAUGCGAGAAACGCUUUGCCAACAAAUCCAACCUCACUACUCAUGAGAGAACUCACAUGGGGAAUGCCAUUGGUUCCUCCAAUGACCAAGAGAAGGACCUAGUCAUUUAAAAUGGUUGUAAACCCUAAUGCCGCGGACACACGGUCGUUUUUCGGCAUGAAAAAAAACAACG